AUGGACCGAGGGCGCGAGGCCGAGUCAGCAAGAACAAGAAGAAAUGACGAUUAUUAUGAGUUCAGUCCCCUUGGCUUCUUGGGAGACUCUUACUUCACCCAAUCUCCCUACUACAGCAAUAAUCCGAUUGAGAACGCGCAAGUAGGGCUAGGCCUCGAACCUUCACCGAAUUAUACGGAUCCUGCUCCUCAACUCGUCAAACCUACCGGCUAUUCGCCCUACUAUCCGCAGACUCCAAUGGAUCUUGACGUUUUGUCAGCCGAGAAUUAUCAAAGGGACUAUGCGCAAGUCAGUUCGGCUCAGCGGGGAAGAGAGCAUGCUCCGCUGUUUGGCAUCACUGCCGACAACAGGCUCAGGACAAGUACACCCAGUCCGCCAGCCGGCACGAGAGCCCGCAGAUCGAGGAAAGAAUCUCUGAAGGGUACAAGCGCAGAUGAAGCGAACAGUGCUCGCCAACGGGGCAGACCCAGGCUUGACACCAAGGAUCAAACUGCGGCCGACCGCCGCCGUACCCAGAUCCGACUUGCCCAGCGCGCGUACCGCCAACGGAAAGAGACAACGAUUUCUGGUCUUAACGAUCGAGUCGCAUCCUUGGAAAAGACAAUUGAAGACAUGCACAAGGCGUUUCUCGAGUUUAAUGAUAGAGCCAUUGCUUUGGGAAUUCAGAAAGGAGCGCCAGCACUAGCGCGACACCUCAAAUCAACGAUGGACAGACUGAACGAGCUUGCAAAGAACAGCACCGAAGAAUCGGAUGUUGAGGAAGAUGAAAACGACCCUGUGGGGUCUGUCCAACCAGUGGCUGCUGAACCCAGAAGUCGACGACAGGGAAGGGGGUUAGGUGGAGAACCAGCGUCGAUGCUCGGAUAUCAGACCACGUUUGGCGAAGAUGAAGAGGAAGAGGAAGAAGAUGCCGGUGAGAUUGCCGCCCCGCUAGCACAACAUAUACUGGACAACAAUGUGCCACUGUCGGACUGGACAGUCACUGAGAAGAUGCAGCAGCUUCGGAAUGAAGGACCAAAAUCAAAUACGCGGGGGCUCAAUAUCAGGCCGGUGCAGCAAGAUUGGGUUAACACUCUAGACAACGGCAUCGAGCAAUCCUUACGCAGCAAGGGGCUUUACCUGGAUGGCCAAUAUUCAGUACCGUUUGGCCCCAUUGAUCAUUCUCUUGGCUCCGAAAAAAUACCGCUUCCUGCUGUGUCCCCCUAUCGUUCUCCAUCCCUAAACAGCAGCGGAGGGCCACAUACUCCCAGAAGCACAGAUGUACAUUGGCCGAAUGAGCCAUACUCAGAUGGCAAUCACGUUUUCUGGGAUCAUACCACGAACGUUUCAAAAGCCUCUGCCAUGGACAUGAAAGACUCCUUCGACGACCCAAGUAUCCGUCUGUAA